AUGUCUCUGGCAAAUAACAAGAUUAUCCAAAUGCAUGCCGUCUCUGCUCUUACAAAUCUAUCUCUUCUCAAUCUGCCCAACAAUGAAAUAAUUUCUAUUGAUGGUACUUCACUUUCAAAAUGUGAAUACUUUAUAGGAUUAAAUUGCCUUACCAAUUUGCGAUGGCUUAAUCUUUCAUGCAAUCGGAUUAAGUACAUUGAAAAUUUGGAACACAACGUGAACCUGAAACAUUUAGAUUUAUCUGAGAAUCAAAUAAGAUCUCUCGGAAAUCUAUCUAAGCUAGUCCGCUUAAAGACCUUGCUUUUGCAUUUUAAUAAUAUUUCUUCUCUGGAGUCUGCCCCUGACUAUUUUCCUGAAUCCAUCGAGAUACUUUCUUUAGCUGGCAAUACUAUAAAGGAUUUUUCCGAAAUUUUUCGUCUUGUUAACCUCAAGUGUCUGUCGCAGUUUUCUUUGAGGAAAAAUCCAUGCACCAACAUGAUGUAUCUUUUAAACAGUCCUGUCUAG